CAAACACAUACUAUCGUAAAAUUAAUGGAACAUUGAACUGCAAGUGUAUGGAAGGAUACUCAGGAGAAUGUAACUCGUGCCAAGUUUUCAACCCUGUUAGACUUCGGGGACCAAUAAGGUCUAGUGGCAGAGGUCGUGUGGAAGUAUUUUACAAUGGAGAAUGGGGAACAAUUUGUGAUGAUGGCUGGGAUUUAAAAGAUGCUGAAGUUGUUUGUCGACAACUUGGUUAUGACUAUGCUGUCAGGGCUUUCCAAGGAGGUUAUGUUCCUUAUGGCAGUGGAAGAAUAUGGUUAGAUGAUGUUCGUUGUGUAGGAAAUGAAGAUAAUAUUUCGAGUUGUUCACAUAGUGGAUGGGGAUCUCAUAAUUGUAGACAUGAUGAAGAUGCUGGUGUACAAUGUUCAGAUUUCGUCUCUGUUAGACUUCGCGGACCAAAACGUUCUAGUGGCAGAGGUCGUGUGGAAGUAUUUUACAAUGGAGAAUGGGGAACAAUUUGUGAUGAUGGCUGGGAUUUAAACGACGCUAAAGUUGUUUGUCGACAACUUGGUUAUGACUAUGCUGUCAGGGCUUUCCAAGGAGGCAAUGUUCCUUAUGGCAGUGGAAGAAUAUGGUUAGACGAAGUUCGUUGUGUAGGAAAUGAAAAUAGUUUUUCGAGUUGUUCACAUAGAGGAUGGGGAUCAAAUAAUUGUAGACAUAAUGAAGAUGCUGGUGUACAUUGUUCAGAUUUCUUCUCUGUUAGACUUUUAGGACCAAAAAAUUCUAGUGGCACAGGUCGUGUGGAAGUAUUUUACAAUGGAGAAUGGGGAACAAUUUGUGAUGAUGGCUGGGAUUUAAACGAUACUAAAGUUGUUUGUCGACAACUUGGUUAUGACUAUGCUGUCAGGGCUUUACAAGGAGGUUAUGUUCCUUAUGGCAGUGGAAGAAUAUGGUUAGAUGAAGUUCUUUGUGUAGGAAAUGAAGAUGCUGGUGUACAAUGUUCAGAUUUCGUCUCUGUUAGACUUCGCGGACCAAAACGUUCUAGUGGCAGAGGUCGUGUGGAAGUAUUUUACAAUGGAGAAUGGGGAACAAUUUGUGAUGAUGGCUGGGAUUUAAACGACGCUAAAGUUGUUUGUCGACAACUUGGUUAUGACUAUGCUGUCAGGGCUUUACAAGGAGGUUAUGUUCCUUAUGGCAGUGGAAGAACAUGGUUAGACGAAGUUGGUUGUGUAGGAAAUGAAAAUAUUAUUUCGAGUUGUUCACAUAGUGGAUGGGGAUCACAUAAUUGUACAACUUCGGGGACCAAAAAUCUAGUGGCAGAGGUCGUGUGGAAAGGAUGGGGAAAUUGUCAACAUUAUGAAGAUGCUGGUGUACAAUGUUCAGAUUUCAACUCGGUUAGACUUCGGGGACCAAAAAGUUCUAGUGGCAGAGGUCGUGUGGAAAUAUUUUACAAAGGAGAAUGGGGAACAAUUUGUGAUGAUGGCUGGGAUUUAAACGAUGCUAAAGUUGUUUGUCGACAACUUGGUUAUGACAAUGCUGUCAGCGCUUUCCAAGGAGGUCAUGUUCCUUACGACAGUGGAAGAAUAUGGUUAGACGAAGUUCGUUGUGUAGGAAAUGAAAAUAAUAUUUCGAGUUGUUCACAUAGUGCAUGGGGCUCACAAAACUGUACACAUGAUGAAGAUGCUGGUGUACAAUGUUCAGUUUUCAACUCUGUUAGACUUCGGGGACCAAAAAAAUCUAGUGGCAGAGGUCGUGUGGAAGUAUUUUACAAUGGAGAAUGGGGAACAAUUUGUGAUGAUGGCUGGGAUUUAAACGAUGCUAAAGUUGUUUGUGGACAACUUGGUUAUGACAAUGCUGUCAGGGCUUUACUAGGAGGUAAUGUUCCUUAUGGCAGUGGAAGAAUAUGGUUAGAUGAUGUUUCUUGUGUAGGACAUGAAAAUAUUAUUUCGAGUUGUUCACAUAGAGGAUGGGGAACCCAUAAGUGUCAACAUUAUGAAGAUGCUGGUGUACAAUGUUCAGUUUUUAACUCUGUUAGACUUCGGGGACCAAAAAUAUCUAGUGGCAUAGGUCGUGUGGAAGUAUUUCACAAUGGAGAAUGGGGAACAAUUUGUGAUAAUGGCUGGGAUUUAAACGAUGCUAAAGUUGUUUGUGGACAACUUGGUUAUGACAAAGCUCUAAGGGCUUUAGUAGGAGGCAAUGUUCCUUACGGCAAUGGAAGAAUAUGGUUAAACAAAGUUCGUUGUGUAGGAAAUGAAAAUAGUUUUUCGAGUUGUUCACAUAGAGGAUGGGGAACCCAUAAUUGUCAACAUUAUGAAGAUGCUGGUGUAGAAUGUUCAGUUGUCAACUCUGUUAGACUUCGGGGACCAAAAAGUUCUAGUGGCAAAGGUCGUGUGGAAAUAUUUUACAAUGGAGAAUGGGGAACAAUUUGUGAUGAUGGCUGGGAUUUAAACGACGCUAAAGUUGUUUGUCGACAACUUGGUUAUGACUAUGCUGUCAGGGCUUUACAAGGAGGUUAUGUUCCUUAUGGCAGUGGAAGAAUAUGGUUAGACGAAGUUCGUUGUGUAGGAAAUGAAAAUAUUAUUUCGAGUUGUUCGUUUGUAUGUACAUUAUUUACCUUCUUGUACAAAGAUAAUAAACUGAAUUAUUUAGGGGAUCCUCAAUGA